AAAAGGGUAAGGGUUAAAUAAGCUGAAGUGUUGUUAUAGAGUGAAAAUAAAAAAUUGGAGAGAGUUGUUGGCCUUGUAUUCAAAGGCCAAAAGAGGAAAAUCUCUGCAAGGAGGUUGUUGAAGACUAGGGACAAAAAUUGAUAUUCAACAAAGCAUAAGUAAAGAAAUUAAGCAAAAUUAAAAGGGGACCAAGUGGCUGAUGCUGCUGCAAAUUUACUAGGAUCAAGGGAUAGCAGAAUUUGAUCUUGUUCUGCUUCUCUCUGCUGCCAAGAAUACAGCCUGAAAAACUAAUAACAUGGGAGAUCAACAAGAAGAAAAAAACCGAGAAAACCAAGCAAACAAAAGACCACCAAAGCUGCCAAUUCCAGGCAAAAGAAACGUACUGAUUACAAGUGCCUUGCCCUAUGUUAAUAAUGUACCUCACCUUGGUAACAUUAUUGGCAGUGUUUUAAGUGGUGAUGUGUUUGCUCGUUAUUGUCGUCUUCGUGGCCAUAACGUCUUAUACAUAUGUGGAACUGAUGAGUAUGGUACAGCCACUGAGACUAAGGCUAUGGAAGAAAAUUGUACUCCUCAGGAGAUAUGUGAUAACAUAAAGAUCACAUGCAAUUGCAAUUGGCCGCUUCACUUCCUAUUUUACAUGGAUUUCUUGUUUAUUAGAUAUCAUGCAAUUCAUAAAGAGGUCUAUGAUUGGUUUGAUAUAAGUUUCGAUGAAUUUGGGCGAACAUCGACUCCUCAGCAAACUGAGAUUUGCCAAGCUAUUUUCAAGAAGCUGAUGGAGAACAAUUGGCUCUCAGAGAACAUAAUGCAACAGCUUUACUGCGAUACAUGUGAACGUUUCUUAGCAGACCGGUUUGUGGAAGGAACCUGCCCAACACUCGGCUGUGACUAUGAUUCCGCACGUGGGGAUCAAUGUGAGAAAUGUGGGAAGUUUUUGAAUCCAACGGAACUUAUAAAUCCUAGAUGCAAGGUGUGUCAGACAACUCCAAGAACCCGUGACACUAACAAUUUGUUUCUAGAGCUGCCGUUGUUGAAGGAUAACUUGCAAAGCUAUAUUUCUGAGAUGUCAGUUACAGGAUCUUGGAGCCAAAAUGCUAUUCAAACUACACAUGCAUGGCUUAGAGAUGGACUUAAACCUCGCUGCAUUACCAGGGAUCUUAAGUGGGGGGUUCCUGUCCCGCUUGAAAAAUUCAAGGAUAAGGUCUUCUAUGUUUGGUUUGAUGCACCUAUUGGGUAUAUAUCUAUUACUUCAUGCUAUACACCUGACUGGGAAAAGUGGUGGAAGAAUCCUGAAAACGUGGAGCUGUAUCAGUUUAUGGGCAAGGAUAAUGUGCCAUUCCAUACAGUUAUGUUUCCAUCUACACUUAUUGGGACUAGAGAAAACUGGACUUUGAUGAAAAACAUUAGUGUUACAGAGUAUCUAAACUAUGAAUCAGGAAAGUUCUCCAAGAGCAAGGGAGUAGGAGUUUUUGGCAAUGAUGCAAGGGAUGCACACCACCCUGCUGAAGUCUGGCGAUAUUAUUUGCUAGCGAACAGGCCGGAGAUCUCAGACACAAUAUUUACAUGGGAGGAUUUCCAAGCAAAGUUAAAUAAUGAGCUGAUACAUAAUUUGGGCAAUUUCAUCCACAGAGUAUUGAGCUUCAUUGCCAACACUUCAGGGAAAGGAUAUGGAACUGUCAUUCCUGAUGCUCCAGGAGCAGAAUCACACCCCUUGACAAUAAAAUUCGCAAUAGAUGUUACUAACCUUGUGGACGAAUAUGUAAAAGCCAUGGAUCAGGUUAAAUUAAAGCAAGGAUUAAAAUGUGCAAUGAGCAUUUCAGGUGCUGGGAAUACAUAUCUGCAAGCGAGCCAAUAUUUUAGGCUAUAUGAAGAAGAUCAAGCUUCCUGCUCUAUAGUCGUGAGAACUUCAGUGGGUGUAGUUUGUAUUCUUGCCCGUUUGUUAGAACCUUUCAUGCCAUCAUUUUCUCACAAGGUAUUCAAGCUGCUUAAGCUGCCUCCUGAAACGACAUUUUCGCUUUCUGAAGAAGACGAUUGUCUUGAGAGAGCAAAAAGACCCUGGGAAGUCAUCCCUUCUGGUCAUACAAUUGAGAAGCUAUAUCCCUUAUUUAUGAAACUGACGGAUGAUGAGGUCAAAGGCUUUAAGGCCAAGUAUGCUGGAAGUGGAACUAAUAAAGCAAAGCAAGAGUCUGGAUCAAAGAAGCUUGCCGAGAGAUUGAAGCAAACACAUAUUUGUUGAAUCACAAAUCCUUGUAACAGCUUUUUAAAGAUCAUUUUAGCUGUAAAUUACUCGUAUAAAUAAAAGCACACUCUUGUUUCA